GCUCCGUCCCCGAACACAAACCUGCAAUCUGUCCGGCUAUCACCAGUGUUGUGAAAGACCGACUUCCCGCAUCAGCAGCUAGCGAGGGGUAGAGAGGUUACGCUUGUUUUCAUGCCAGACAUCUGCAGGGCGUCGCGGUCUAAUGAACUGUAGCAGUAAAAGAUGUCUUGUCAUGUCACGAGAUCAGCAGGUCCACUAUCACACCGAUGCUACAGUCUACCGCAAACUUCUGCUGCUUCUAACAAUUUUCCAUCUAUAUUCGCGCUCCAACUCGUCAGACUUCUCUGUUGAUCAGCAGUUCUGCCCAGAUCCAGGAUUCCCGUUGCAUGGACACCGGACCCCAAGUUCUGGGGUGUUCUUUGAGGGCUCUGUGGCCCAUUUCUCCUGUAUGGCAGGGUUCCGCCUCCAAGGACCAGCAAAAAUGAUGUGCACACAAGUCCAUAAUGGCCAAGUGGGCUGGAAACCUAACCAUAAACCAGCUUGUUUAGCUGAAGAGUGUCUGGUACCACACAUCGCUGAUGCUGAGGUUCAGAACCAGACCUACCGACCCGGAGACCAGCUUGUCAUCAGCUGCCAUGAUGAAUUUCAAAUCCGGUACCCAGACACCGACAUCAUGCAGUCAGUCUGUCAGGAUGAUGGGAGCUGGGACAACCUGCCUGUUUGUCAAGGCUGCCUGCGCCCUAUUAUUCCCCCUCAUAGCUAUGUGAACAUCUCAGAAGCAGAGUCGUCCCUGCCAGUGGGGGCGCUGGUGCGCUACCAGUGUUUCCCAGGAUACAAGCUGGAUGGAGCGGAGCUUCUGGAGUGCAUGUACAACCUCAUCUGGUCUGAUGUCCCUCCCCGGUGUCUGGAUGUAGAAGUGUGUCCCCUUCCUCCAAUGGUGGAACACGGAGACUAUGAAUGCCACCCUCAGCCAUGUGACAGAUACAUCCAGGGGACAGUUGUGGAAUUCUUCUGUGACCCCGGCUACACCCUGAGUAAUGACUACAGUUACAUCACCUGCCAGCAUGGCCAGUGGUCUCCCAACAUUCAGGUGAACUGUGUUUUAUCAGAGCCUUCCUGGCCCCGUCCUCCAGAUUCCAUUCUGAGCACUUGGAAGGUGGUGGCAUUCACUGCCACAAGUGUCCUUCUGGGCCUGUUGCUGGUCAUCGUUGGCAGGACGUUCCAGAUCAGCUGUAAGGCCUGGUGUGACCCCAGGGAUUACCCUCAGGAGCCUACCAACCCCAAUGUCCUGGUGGUGGAUGGCGUUCCUGUAGUGCUGCCAUCAUACGACGAAGCUGUGGCCGGAGGUACUUUCACGUUCCCCGGCAUUCCACCCCCUGCUGGUCUGGGGGACUCACUGUACUCUGAAGAGCAGGGACUGCCUGCAUACCCAGGCCAUGACGGGGACCCCAGCGAAAUGCACCCCAACGAGAGCACCGCUGACAGUCUCCCCAGGACUCAGCCAGGGGUCUCACACACCCUUUCAGAGGCAAACGACACCAGAGCUUCCACUGCAGACACAGCCUCCACCAGCCCCAGUGUGGAUAUAGCAGACGAAAUUCCACUGGUUGAAGAAGAUGCAGAGGACUCUUAAUUAGCAUCAUUUCCAUGGAUAUUACACAGAUUUUAAACGAUUUUUAUGUGGAAUAGUACUGAAGCUUUACUGUAAAAAUAAAAAAACUGAUUUUUUUCCUGCCAAUCAUAGUAUUUUCCAAGAAAUUCAAGGGAACCAGUUUUAUUUUAUAAAAUUAUAAUUAUAAAACAUGCAAAACCCCUACAAGUCCCAGUGAUGAAUGAAGCAAUAUGAACCGCCUGUAGUAUAUUUCCUUAAAAGAAAGAUAACUAUGCACCUCAUCCAGGUUCUUUCCUGCUAUUAAUUGAAUGUUUUAAAGAGGCACCAAAGAUUCUUAAAACACUGCUGUUUUCCGAAAUCUUUGUGGUCAUUGACGGACUUUGGUCAACACGUUCUCCGUUUGUGCAGGAUGCCGAGAUGUGUCAUUACUGAGCUCCACAGCAGUCUGUUUAGCUGAAACAUGUCAUUACUGAGCACUCAUGUUUUUUUUAGUUUUUGGGAUUCGGGCCUAACUAAGCAUCUGCAUGUUUAAUGCACAGAAUAUAUACAGUGCCCCCACACUGUGUAGC